AUGUUUCUCUCUCUUCCUCUCCUAGGAGUGUCGGGUCAGCGGGUGAAGGUGGAGCCCGAGGUGUUGUCUUACCCCGGCCAGACAGUCAACCUGCGCUGUGCCUUCACUGAUGCCACUGGGAUUCAGCUCACAAUGGUCACCUGGAUCUACGAGCCGAAGGAUGGAGAGAGGAUCAACAUCGCCGUGUUUCUACCCAACUAUGAUCCCAACUACCCCGACUCACCGGUGAAGGGCAGAGUCAGCUUCGCGCCCAGCCCCCCCAACGUGGUCAGCCCCUCCAUCGAGAUCAGCAACGUGGGGAUGACCGAUGAGGGGAAGUACAUCUGCGAGUACGCCACCUACCCCAGCGGCAACGAGCAAGGCAUCACGCACCUCGUCAUGCUGGCUAAGCCUCAGAACUCGGCCUCCAUCGUGACCGUGGUGGCGGGCAGUAAGUCGGUCGUUGUGGCGCGCUGCGAGUCCGUGGACGGCCGCCCCCCUGCCAAGAUCUCCUGGGUGACCGCAGUCAAUGGCAACGGCACGACGGUUACCAAACCGGGCGCCGACAACACGGUGACGGUGACCAGCGAGUACAGGAUGGUCCCCUCCCCCAAAGACAACGGGAAGGACCUGGGCUGCGUGGUGGCUCACAGGACGCAGGUCAAACCAGAGAGCUUCCCCCUGAAGCUGGCAGUGGAAUACGCCCCUCAGGUGACAAUAGUAGGUUACGACAAUAAUUGGUACGUGGGUCGUACAAAUGUGGUGCUCACCUGCCAGGCCACGGGAAACCCCACUCCGCUGACCGCCCAGUGGAAGACGAUGACGGGAGAGAUGCCUGAUACGGUGCAGAUCACAGAAAACGUGCUGAAGGUGCUCAAGGUGGACGACGCUGUCAACACCACUUUUGUCUGCCAGGUCAAGAACCGCAUCGGGCUGGGCAGGGAUCAGGUCACCGUCAUGGUCAGAGAGCCCUCAGUGAACCCAUCCAAUGCCGGCGUGGUGGCGGGAGCUGUGAUUGGCUCCCUGCUGGCUCUCCUUUUGGUCGGCGCUCUCAUCGCCGUGCUCAUCACCCGUAGCCGCCGGCAACAGCAGGGUUACCGCGCCAAUGACGGCAGCGACAUGAAGACGCGCAUGUUCGGCGGAGGCAAGAAGGCCAGCAAGAACGGCACGGGCGGAGGCAACGGGAGCGGAGUUGGAGUUGGAGGCGGAGGCGGAAACAACAAUGUGCCGAUCUACGUCUACGAUCAGGGCUCCUCCCAUCCGGGCCUCGGAGAGAAAAACAACCACCACCAGCCGCUCACCAUGGGGGGCGUCGCCACGACACCCACCGCCCAAGAUAUCCUGCUGAGCAACGAGCUAGAUGACGGCGAGAGGAGGAAGUUUGACGAGCUGGAGGAGGACGAGAGGUAUGAUAAUUUCACCGGAGGCGCCCCCAUCCUUCAGCUCCGCCCGCCACACGACCAGGACGAUAUAAUUGGAGACUACAUGGAUGACGACAUGGAGUCCCAGCGAGAUGGAUCCGUCAUCUCACGGACUGCUGUCUACGUAUAGAGGAGGAGAGGAAAGGAAAGGAAAGGAAAGGAGGAGAAGAAGAAGAAACAAGGAGGGAUGGAGGAUUCCUCCAGAGGAUUUUUUGGCUCCAGGGUCUCGGCCCUGUUCGGAUGGAGAAGAGAAAAUGAUACCACUUUUUAUUUUUUGAGAAUUGAUCUUAAACAUAGCCUAUUAUUAAUCACAGUGCUACCCCAGAAUGAACUGAGGCGACAGGAGGGAAAAGCAUAUCCCUCAGAACUGAAAAUCAAAGACAGAAAACAAACCACCGCUCAUGCUAUCGCUAUCACUGGGACCUUGACAUGCUCUUGACAGACAGACUAAAAGAGAAAAACGAUGUAGUGUGGGAGUGGCAUCGUGAUACAAGCUCGGCUAAAGCGGAAGAAACUCUCUUGCACAUUCACUCUUAUCUUCACCAACAGUGUAGAAGUGGUUGUCAAGCAGUUAGUUAAACAUACAGGCCUGCUUCUCUCCCGUGGUAAUGCAUUGUGCUGUGACAGCUGGUGGACACUUUGUAACUAUGGCUGGGUUGGGAGGAAAACAUUCAGAGGUAUACUUACAGUAUUCAUCAGGAGAUUUAGCUAAGAAAAGAAAAGUAUUUGCUGCUGGCUAGCUCUCAUUUCCGCUCUCUCUGCCUUCCUCUCAAACUGCUCUGCAAGCUAUCGACAACUGCAGCAUCUGACUCUAACUAUGAAAGUUUGAGUUCUUAACAAGGUACACACACAUGCAAAGGUUUGUACUGUGCCCCGAGGAACGAGACGGUGAUCAAGAGAUGAGGGAAUGAGGUGUAGCCGAUCUGACAGGGUCACGGGACGGAGAGACGAGGAAGAGGAGUCUCUUCCUCCUCAUCCUCGUCUCCUCAGAGCGCUCCUGACAGGAGGAGCUUGAUUGGUAAUGAGCCGUGAAGUCACUCGCUUAGCCGGCAACAACAGAUUGCCACCACUUAUCGUUUAUGACGUGACGAUUCCCCCCCCCCCACACACCUCUAUCUCUUAUCAUUCCUCCGUCUCUCUCUUUUCAUCCCUCUCUCCCAGUGUUUUAUGGGGAGUUUAUGAUUUAUCCGGUAGCGUGGAGGUCAGUGCCACAGAGAGCAGCGGAGUAUUUUACUGCCCCUGAUGUGUCAAAUGCCCCACUUACUCUAGUCUUACUCUAUAUCCUGCCCGGACCCCCCAGGACUGACUCUCUGAUCCACCUGGAGGGCCAUGUUCGCUCCAAUGCCUCCUGCAGUAUUUUGUCAAUGGCCUGAAACCUCACCCCCCAAAAAUACAACCACUUGAGGGUUUGAUAGACUAUCAAUGAGAUCAGGUAACAUUUCUAUCCAUUCAGGGGUGUUGUUAAAUGUAGAGAAUUGAUCGGGAGACAUAAAAGGUUUCAUCAACUGCGAACCUUCGGGAGUCAUAUUGACUAACAGGCAUCAAGCAGUGAGAUGGCCCUUUACGAUGUGGCUUCAGGGCUGAUUGUCUCCUGACUGUUAAUUUAUCCUCAUAACGAGCCACCGGAGGCUCGCCCGGACAAAUAUUACUCCGCGGGAACCGCACGCUGCUGUCUUGGAGGCGGAGCGUUUACAUCCGGCAUGCGUCACUGUGUCUAUGUAGCCACUAGAUGACUGUGAUGGACAAUCUUUGAGAGAAGCCCUACUGUAGCUCCUCUAAUCGGGCUUUCCCUGACCUUUCUAAUCAAAUCCCUCGUGACCCACUGGGAAUCUGGUGAGGGCAGCUCUCGAUGAGUGUACUGCCCACAUAUAAGGCCUGCCAAAGAUCUGGGUUGCAGCUUGCUGCAGGUCAUGAGGUCAAAUUCAGAGCGACCCGCUGGCAAGAGCCAGGAUGAGUUUGCCUGCCUGCAUUUCCUCUCAUAGCAGUUUAUAACCUUGAGCUAUAGAGGUGGGAAACAGUGCAUACACUACAUGUAUCCUUAUAGGGCCAGACAGUCCUAGUUUUCCUUUGUGAAAGCUGUUGACCUUCAAAGAGGCGGAGAGAGGCGGAGAAGUGGCUUUUAGUGUUCGAACGCGGUCUAGCAUAUUGUAAGCCAGUGUUCAAUAAGAUUAUCGUCUGAUGGCCUUAGCUUAUAUAUAAACGCAGCUCCAGUCAACCCGCUGCAGUUCAUUAACUGAACCCAGCUGGUUUGUGACAACCACUAAAAAAAAAAAAAAUGUAUUACUUAUUUUUGCACUUGUGUGUGUCACCGCUACAAAGAGAAAUAUAAGUGUAAUACUUGGUUUUGGGGUCAAAAUAGCGAUAAGGGACAAAACUGUUGUAUGUACAUUUUGGUGUGAGGUAUCUGUGAACUAUAUAUGUAAGCAUCUUUAUUUUUCUUGUGAAAAUGUGGAUAUUUAUAACGAUGUAAAUAUCAGUUCGAUGGAGCCAGUGUUGUGGAAUAAAGAAGGCGUUCUGGGUCAGCUAAACCUAAAGUUCAAAUGUCACAGAGGGCAGUCAGAAUGUAAUUUUUAAUCUAAUGAAUACCUCGGCGGUUUGGGUGUUAAAAAACAUUGAACCGACUGAGCUGAGUUUGCCUAACAGUCGAUUUGUAUCGGUGGGAAAAAUUAUAUAAUUGUAUAAUUUUUUUUGUGAAAGUUAACAUUGCCUGCAAUUCCACAAAAUAAGCACACCGUGUUUUUUUGCACAAUUGGCUUCUCCUUGACAGAUACCCUGCACAAUGCAAAAAUACCCACAAUACUUAUAAUUUAUCAGGUAGACCGUAACCACACAAGCAGGCGGUGGUGUGUGUUGACUCAGCUCUGUGUGUGUAUUCAGUAGUGUGUAUUUUCGUGAUGCUCGGAGGCUUUGGGACAUCUCUCACUGCCAUUGGGGCUGUAACCUGAGUAGCCUCUAUUUAUGUCACCAUGGCCAACUGAAGAUAUUAUUUUGCGUUUCCAAAACACACUUAUUCGCACACACACAUACUGUACAUAUACAGAAUGCAGAGAAACAUUCUCCCACACACAAGCACCCCUCAGUCACUCUCAUUAUGCUCACUCCCACAGCCAGACUGUGCUGAAGACACCUCAUACCUGACAACUUCGCCAUCUCCUGACAUAAGCCCACACAAAUUCGCUCGCAUAGCCGCACACACACACACACACACACACACACACACACUCACACUCACACUCACACACACACACUCACACUCACACUUCUUCCUCCGCUUCUUGCUCAGUGGCCCCGUCAGGACAUAUACUGUGUCCUGUUACAGUGAAAAGAGCCGCAGUGUGAUGUGUCCCCCGCUCCACCGCUUUCUAUUCUUCAAGGCCUCACUCUGAAACGACCACAUUGAACACACACAUUCAGGGACACACACACACCUUUCACCCGGUGCUGGAGAAACGGGCUUUUGGACCGUUUGUCCAUUCCACUUCGAGGAAUUUAGCUUUCAUAAAAAUGCCACUGUGCUGACCCGCUCCACCUCCCAUCUCACUUUGAAUGCUUUUAGAGCCGAGACUUCCUACUCGCCUCCAAAAUGUUGUUUUUUUCAACUUUUCUCACUUCAGCAACCUCCGCGACCGCCUCCAUAAACACACACACACACACGCACACACACACCGUUGCCACCCACCUCAGCAUCAACGUUAAAGGCUUGUCAGACAAAAUGCUUUUAGAGGAAUCCACGAUCCCGACCCGGGUCUAGCACAAGGUUAGGUAGUCAAAACACCCAAUAUUAAUCUUUAUUUUCCCAGAAAACCGCAUACUGUUGCUAUCUCUUCGGUUCCAAACAUUUGAUGACUAAUCAAAGCCUUAACAUCUCCCAUCUCACUUGCAAAAAAGAAGGAAUUAAAGAGAAAAGUUCCCUGUGUACAUAGUAUAAAUAUAUAAAUAUGUAGCAGAGAAAAAGAUAUUACUAAUUUAUGGUGUCACGUUUGUGUAUUUCUCAGUGACAGCAAGCAUGAAGGAUUUAUUUUCUCCUAUUACAGUUUCCUCUCUUUUCUGUUAUUUUGCAGUGCUUUAUAAUUUAUGUGCUUUAUUCUUGACUGCUGCGCGGAUUGCUGCCAAAACUGGCAAAUGUGCUUCUAUACAAAUGAACUGUCCACACAACAAACCAGUCGUACCCCCAAAUGUGCUUUUUAUUAUUGACUGCUGUGUAAUCGUUGUUUUUUCUUUUUUUGUAUUCCUUUUUUUUAAUUUACAAUUUUAUUUUGUGAAAAAAAUAACUAAGAAAUUAGAAUUGUUGUCACCAUUUUGUCAUGUCUUUCUAUAUUUUUUCGUAUUUUGUUGCUAUUAAAGAAUUCUUGAUUUUUGAAAUGUU